AUGGACUCCAGGCGUCCUUCCAUCGACCCGUCGCGUCUGAUUCGUAUGGACAAGACGCACCAUCUCCAAGGAGCAGAUGACUUCAACGUCGUCUUCGUCGGUGCUGGGAACAUCAUGUUCGGCUCUGAUGAGGGCCCCUGGAACCACUCCUUCCGCCUGGAGCACAAACUCGGUCCCCGUCUCAAAGUUGUUGCACUCAUCGAUCCGGCUAUUGAACGUGCCACACAAGUGUUGCAAAAGAAAUGCGAGACCUUCGUGCGGUCUGCGUACGAGAACACCCGCGUCUUCAGCACUCUGGAGGACUUCUUCAAGAACAUGGCGCCUCGAGACCGGCCGAAGGCUGUCAUCGUGGGCUCGCCUCCGAUGUUCCGCGGUACCAGCAAAUCCGGGAGGGAUAUCGAGUUGCAGAUCAUGAAGUUCUUCCCUGGCGUUGCCAUGUUCAUCGAAAAACCGAUCGCCACUGGACCCGAGAUUGAGCUGGAGGGAACGUUCCAAAUCGCGGAAGAGAUUGAGAAGAACGGUACCGUUUGUUCGGUCGGUUACAUGCUGAGGUACCUCAAGGCGGUUCAAAUGAUUAAGAAGGUCAUCCAUGAGGAGAACCUUCAAGUCGUGUCUACCAUUGCCCGUUAUGCCUGUGCCUACGAAGCCAUUGCCAAGCCUGACUGGUGGGACAAGUCCAAGAGCUACGGUCCUGUUAUCGAACAGGGCACACACUUCUGUGAUCUCUCGCGCUACUUCGGUGGAGAUGUCGACAUCUCAUCCGUCGUGGCCCACUCCCUCGAGUGGUACGAGAACCCAGGGCAGUUGAGCAAGCAGACUAUCGACGAGUCCAAGAUCGCUCCUGAGAACAGAAUCCCGCGUGUUACCUCCGCAACCUGGAAAUAUGAGAGCGGUGCAGUUGGCAGCUUCAUGCACGUCGUGGCGUUGCAGGGCCACAACUACAGCUGCGAACUUGAAGUCUACGCAGACGGAUAUCAGUUCAAGCUUAUCGACCCCUACGUCCAGCCCGUGCUCUACAUUCGUCGCCCAGGGUCAGAUCUCGAGGAAACCCAUCGCUUCCCUGACGACGAUCCCUUCUUCUCUGAAAUCUCGAACCUGAUCGACGUCGUCGAGGACAUCGAGGAAGACCCAGAGGGUGCCACGAUCCUCAGCUCCUUCCAAGAUGCCACCAAGACCUACGAGCUCACUUGGGCCAUCCGUAAGGCCAGCGAGGCGUCCAGGGUAAAGAACGCGGCCUGA